AUGCAAUGUUUCGAAAAAUUUAAUGACUGGUCAAUGUGUCCAAUCUUAUCAGCAGAUAUUAUUGAGGUUAUGCAAUAUCAAGAGUCGAUAUUGGCGAACGUCGAUCAUUACUUCCAAGAAAUUCUCCAGGACCGGUCUUGUGCGGUUGAAAUAAUGCUCGUACCAGAAAGAAUGGAUCAUAUAGCAAAUAAAAUUGUACUGGUCACAGGCGGAGCCGAUGGAAUCGGCUUUGCCUACGCCAGAAGAUUUUUACAAAACGGAGCUGCGCACGUGGCUAUUCUCGAUUUGGCCAAUUCCAACGGUGACGAAGCGGUGAAAAAAUUGGAGAAGGAAUUCGGAAAGGGAACGGCGAUAUUCAUCGUAUGCGACGUGACGAAGGCCGAGGAUUUUGAGGGUGGAUUCGCUAAGACAGUGAAAGAAUUCGGCGGACUUGACAUCGUGAUCAACAACGCUGGAAUAAUGGACGACUCGCGGUGGGAAAUGGAGAUAAAUUUAAACAUCACUGCCGUAGUGCGCGGAACGCUACUGGGCUUCGAGUACAUGGGAAAAGACAAAGGUGGUAAGGGUGGAACCAUAGUGAACGUCUCUUCGAUAUUGGGCAUCGUCCCAAUUUGGACUUUCCCAGUUUACUCGAGUACCAAACACGCGGUCAUUGGUCUAAGUCGUUCGUUCGGACACCCGCAUCACUUCGGUAAAACAGCCGUCCGAAUAAUGGUGAUGUGUCCAAGCGCCACGGCUACCCAACUGAUGACCAACAACCCAGAAAGUACGCUGGACUGUCUGACUCCGGAUAACGUUAGGGAAGCUCUGGCCGAUUUCCCAAUCCAAAAACCGGAAGCGGUAGCCGAUGGGAUGAUGCAGAUGAUCAGAGACGGGGAUAACGGCAGUGUCUGGGUGGUUCAGGCAGGAAAACCACCCUAUGAAGCUCAGAUGCUUGAUCAGGCAGUGGAGAAAGUCAAGGGCUGA